AUGGGUCCAUAUUUCACUGAUAGUGAUUCCAUUGUUGUUGUUGCUGCUGUUGCUGUGGUUGCUGUUGCUGUUGUUGUUGUUGCGGUUGCUGUGGGCCCUGCUGCUGUAUCAUUGCAUAGGGUGGUGGAUUACCACCCAUAUUUUGAAUACCCUGUACUUGCUGCAUGCCUGAUUGCAUCCCAGGCAUCAUGUCAACACCACUACCUCCAGGUUGCUGCAUCAUUCCUUGAGGAUGUUGUUGAAAAGUUGGAGCCAUCUGCUGCCGCAUCAUCAUGGGUUGGCCAUGCAUCACCAUGUUUUGGUGUUGGAAUUGUUGUCCACCUUGCAUCAUGUUCAUCGGCUGCUGUGCGGAAACUGGCAUAGAUGCUGGCAUUGGUUGACUCGCAAAAAUAGGUUGCUGCUGGUACUGUUGUUGUUGUUGAUUCAUCAUGCCACCCAUGUCCAUUGAUUGAGGAAUAAUAUGUUGCGGCUGCAUCGGUUGAUGGAAUUCUCCUCCUGAGAACAUUGGCUGGCUAUUUGCAUUCAUCUGCUGACCGCCCAUUCGAAGCCUCUUAUUCACUGGUUCUGAAUCCAACUGUUGAUUCAUGGCUUGAUUGACCUGAAUGAUGAGUAUUUGAGAAUUGGGGAAUUGCCUCGAGGCCAAGAUGAUAAAGCUUACCUGAGGAUUUGUAGCCUGUUGGUUUUGAUCAUCCACAAUAUUCAUGGCAAGAGAUUUCUUGAUAUCAGCGUCUGGCAAGGAUUCACGUUUUGGGUAUGGUAUUUCAAACUUAUAGAAGACAUCUUCUGUCGGUUUUGGAUCCAUCUUGAAAUAUGGCUCCUCCAUGGCUUCCUUGCAAGAUAUUCGCUUAUUAGGAUCCAUCGUUAAAAGUUUCACCAGUAACUUGAAUUGAGGAGAAUCGGACUCGAUCUUGUGCUUCUCCAUGUACCGCGUCAUACUGCAGUUGGGAAAGGCGGUUUGGGAUGAUUUGAUGUCAGUUUGUAAUUUGUGAUAAUCAGGCAUCUUUUUGAAAUCAGUCCAUUCGCUUUCUUGAGGAUAUCCCAUGACAGUAAAAAUUCUCUUCAGCUGAUCAUAGUGAUAAGGGCUCUGAGCCUUUAUAUCCUCUUCCUUACAAAAGAAAACUGGUUCUGCUGUGAGUAGUUCAGCAAAUAUACAUCCAAUAGCCCAAACAUCAAUUGCUCUGAAAGAGAAAUCCGAAGUAGUAACGUCUCUCACAAUACAUACCAGACAUACCUGCCACGAUGUACGCCAGGUGCAUCACCCAUGACUAGUAUAUUUGCAGGUUUCAAAUCACGGUGAAGAACCCAAUUAGAAUGGAGAUAAUGUAUACCGUCUAAAAUUUGA